AUGAAGAAGUUCGGUAGACUAUUGAGGCUUUUGAUAGUCGUGCUGCUUGCAGUAUCGUCCGCAAAGUACACCUGCAGUAAUACGUCUGCUGGCGGAUUAGACAUAUGCAAAUAUACUGACACAAAAUACUAUAGAAAUGUUUUGGAUACGAGGUUCCCCCAUGCUAUGCAAAACUAUGAUGCAGUAUUAGUACCAAAGCUGAAAUCUGCUGCUUUGAAUGUUCAUUCGACCGUUAAAACAAAGAUUGUUCCUUGCACUAUUCGCUCAUAUCAAUCCUUGAUUUCAUAUCUUCAAACCAAGGUAUACCCAAAGAUCUUGACUUACACUACCAUUACUGAAUCGUAUGUGCGUCGUGGGUACCUACACCUGAAACUAUUCACGGAUGUUACCGUCAUUCCUUCGGUUCGAAAGGUUUAUUACAAACUCAUAAUAAAGUACCCAAUUAUUGAACAUUACAUUUAUUCUGGCCAAGCUUACGCAAAACUUGUUCAAAUUAGUGUAGCCAAAUACAUUAAUAUCUUCAGAUACCACUUUCAUGCUUACGAUGACAAAUAUGGAUACGGCAAACUUUCUAGAACCGAGAAGUUCAUAACUUUCAAGACAUGGUUUACUAAAGAAUUGUACACUUUUAGCAAAUAUUUGCAACAUAUGAGCAUUAAGUUUUGGAACGAUACAUUACUACCAACUGCCUUCUACUUGAAGGAACUAUUUAUCAGUCAAUGGAACAGUUUUAUAGAAUCUGGUUAUGACUUGAAUAAAAGAGACACCGACGACUCGGUCAUAUACGAAAAUGAUGAAGAAGACUACACAGAAACUUCAACAAUAUUCGUUACUUUGACUGCUACCGAUGAUGUUCUUGGCGCUCAAUCUAAGGCAACACAAGCACUGGAUUUCCCAAGAGAAGAUGAAUUAGAUCUUCCAUUACAGGAAGUUGUCAAAAACCAAUUGGCACCUUGGACAGACACCGUUGAAAGCAAAUUGACUGGUCUAAUCAAAGACUUUGAAUCUGAUAUCAAUGAGUAUGCUGAUGCGAAGCUGAGUGAAGUUGAACCGAUAUUGGGGGAAUUGUUGAAAAAGGCUAGUAACACAUCACAGAAAAAUUUCCAAAUUAUCACUAGGGCAAUCAUGGAUAUUAAUUGUACUGAAAGCGUAGAUCCAGUAACCAACGAAACGAUUUGGUUCGAUCAAGACGGUACACAACUAUCAAGAUACAUGACAAGGGAACUGAUGCGUGAGUUUUUCUCCGCCGCGCAUUCAGAAUUUGAUGCUAUCUCAAAGGAAAUUCGUGAGCAUUUGAAAAAGUUAGCAAAUGAAGUCAACGGUCAGGUAGAAGUGCUACGUCAAGAAAAUGUCGAGGUGUACGAAGAAUGGGCAGAUGUAAUGAUCACAGAGUUCUCGAAGCAACUAGCCUAUAUUGAUGUCGCUGUGAACAACGAAAAUGAAGAUAGUUUGAAAAAAGAACACCGCGAAAAUUGGAGGGCUUUCAUGAAACUAAAGAGACAAGUGAUUGAUAUGAGAGAUCGUCUACUAGAACAUCCAGUGGAACUAGACACGUUACAGAAAUUCGUAAACAAAGCUCAAUUCACGUUGAAAACUUUGUCGCACGAAAACGGAGAAUACUUGUAUAUCUUGAGAAGCAAGGCUAAUCUCGAGUUUCAAGCUCGUGAGGCCCUUGAAAGGAAAGCCAGAUUAUCCGCAGCAGAAUCUUCUGACAUGGUUGACUCUAACAACUCGAUCAAUACGACAGUUACUACCAGUUCUAGCAGUUCUAGCAGUUCUAGCAGUUCUACCACCACUACCACAACUGAUGCUAUCAGCCCAAUAAUUGAGCUCUCAACGGAAGAAAGCUCAGAGAUUGAAGAGAGCAGUAUCGAAAGCAGUAUCGAAAGCACCCCUUCUGAGACGGAAAUUAAGUCAGCAUUAAAAGAGAAAAACGAAACAGCAAUUGAAUAA